CCCGGACGAGAGCGAGGUUGCGGAGCAGGCGAGACGACGGGCGCUAGAGAGGACGCGGUGCUAGAGUGGCUGUGCGAAGGGAGCUGCAGCCCGCGGCCCGGCCUGGGGCCGGCUAGACGGCCGAGGCGGCCCAGGGCCUUGCUGCUGCCAUGACUGAGGAGAGCGAGGAAACAUUCCUGUAUAUCGAGCACCGCUAUGUCUGCUCUGAGUGCAACCAGCUCUAUGGCUCCCUGGAGGAGGUGCUUGUGCACCAGAACUCCCAUGUGCCCCAGCAGCACUUUGAGGUGGUGGGCGUGGCUGACCCUGGAGUCACAGUGGCCACAGAGGCAGCUUCAGGCACAGGCCUAUAUCAGACCCUCAUACAGGAGAGCCAGUACCAGUGUCUUGAGUGUGGACAGCUGCUCCUGUCACCUAGCCAGCUCCUGGAGCACCAGGAGCUACACUUGAAGAUGAUGGCACCCCAGGAGGCAGUGCCCGCUGAGCCUUCCCCCAAGGUGCCCCCCUUGAGCUCCAGCACCAUCCACUAUGAGUGUGUGGAUUGUAAGGCUCUGUUUGCCAGCCAGGAGCUGUGGCUGAACCAUCGGCAGAUGCACCUCAGGGCCACCCCCACCAAGGCUCCUGCCCCCGUUGUCUUGGGGUCUCCAGUUGUCUUAGGCUCCCCUGUGGGCCAGGCCCGAGUAGCUGUGGAACAUUCAUACCGAAAAGCCGAAGAAGGUGGGGAGGGGGCAGCUGUUCCGUCUGCGGCUGCCGCCACGACUGAGAUGGUAACAGAAGUGGAGCUGCUCCUCUACAAGUGCUCCGAGUGCUCCCAGCUCUUCCAGCUGCCGGCUGACUUUCUGGAGCACCAGGCCACCCACUUCCCUGCCGUCCCAGAGGCCGAGGAGCCUGCUACAAAGCAGGAAACCCUGAUCCCCUCAUCCACCGAGGUGCCAGCGUCUCUACCCGACCCCUUGCCAACCUCUGACCAUAGCUAUGAGCUGCGCAAUGGGGAGACCAUUGGACGGGAUCGACGGGGGCGGAAGCCCCGGAGGAACAACAGUGGAGAGUCAGGUACAGCAGCCACCCAGGAACUCUUCUGCUCUGCCUGUGACCAGCUCUUCCUUUCACCCCACCAGCUGCAGCAGCACUUUCGGAGCCACCGGGAGGGUGUCUUUAAGUGUCCUCUGUGUAGUCGUGUCUUCCCUAGCCCUUCUAGUCUGGAUCAGCACCUUGGCGACCAUAGCAGCGAAUCUCAUUUCCUAUGUGUAGACUGUGGCCUGGCCUUUGGCACAGAAGCCCUUCUCUUGGCCCACCGGCGAGCCCAUACUCCAAAUCCUCUGCAUUCAUGUCCCUGUGGGAAGACCUUUGUCAACCUUACCAAGUUCCUUUAUCACCGGCGUACCCAUGGAGCAGGAGGUGUCCCUUUGCCCACAGCACCAGUUCUGCCAGAGGAGCCUGCCGUUAGUGUUCCUGAGCCAGCCCCUGCCGAGACCAAAGAGCCAGAGGCCCCAGAGCUCCCGGUGUCUGAGGAGAACCCAGCAGAGCCUGCGGCUCCAGGCACUUACCGCUGCCUCCUAUGUAGCCGUGAGUUUGUCAAGGCUUUGCAGCUGACCCGGCACCAGCGUUUUGUGCACCGACUAGAACGGCGUCACAAAUGCAGCAUUUGUGGCAAGAUGUUCAAGAAGAAGUCUCAUGUGCGGAACCAUCUGCGCACACACACUGGGGAACGGCCCUUCCCCUGCCCUGACUGCUCCAAACCCUUCAACUCACCUGCCAACCUGGCCCGCCACCGGCUCACACACACAGGGGAACGACCCUACCGCUGUGGGGACUGUGGCAAGGCUUUCACUCAGAGCUCCACUCUGAGACAGCAUCGCCUGGUGCAUGCCCAGCAUUUCCCCUACCGCUGCCAGGAGUGUGGACUGCGUUUUCACCGCCCUUAUCGCCUGCUCAUGCACCGCUACCACCACACAGGCGAGUACCCCUACAAGUGUCGUGAGUGUCCCCGCUCCUUCCUGCUGCGCCGGCUGCUAGAGGUACACCAGCUUGUGGUCCAUGCUGGGCGCCAGCCCCACCACUGCCCAUCUUGUGGGGCUGCCUUCCCCUCCUCACUGCGGCUUUAUGAGCAUCGGUGCGCAGCUGCUGCCGCCCAGGCCCCACGGCGCUUUGAGUGUGGGACCUGUGGCAAGAAAGUAGGCUCUGCUGCUCGUCUGCAGGCCCAUGAAGCUGCCCAUGCUGCUGCUGGUCCUGGAGAAGUCUUGGCUAAGGAACCUCCGGCUCCCAGGGCCUCGAGGGCUACUCGCACACCCGUCACUCCGUCCCCAACAGCCCUUGGUGGUGCAACCUCUGCUGCCCCUGCAGCCCCUGCCCGGCGGCGUGGCCUAGAAUGCAGUGAGUGCAAGAAGCUGUUCAGCACAGAGACAUCACUGCAGGUGCACCGACGGAUCCACACAGGCGAGCGGCCGUACCCGUGUCCAGACUGUGGCAAGGCCUUCCGCCAGAGUACCCAUCUGAAAGACCACCGGCGCUUACACACAGGUGAGCGGCCCUUUGCCUGUGAAGUGUGUGGCAAGGCCUUUGCCAUCUCCAUGCGCCUGGCAGAACAUCGCCGCAUUCACACGGGUGAACGGCCCUACUCCUGCCCUGACUGCGGCAAGAGCUACCGCUCCUUCUCCAACCUCUGGAAGCACCGCAAGACUCACCAGCAGCAGCACCAGGCUGCAGUGCGGCAGCAGCUGGCAGAGGCAGAGGCUGCUGUGGGCCUGGCUGUGAUGGAAACUGCAGUGGAGGCUCUGCCCCUCGUGGAGGCCAUUGAGAUUUACCCGUUAGCGGAGGCUGAAGGGGUCCAGAUCAGCAGCUGACUGGCCCCCAUUUUCCUCUUCAGCGUCACCAAGCCCUGAUGCUGCAGGUCUCCAACAGCCCCUUAAAACCUGUGUAUAUAUUGUACCCCUCUCUCCUUUCCACCACCAUAUAAGUUCUGUAACUAAAUUUAUUCUCUUCUCUGAGGGGGUUGCUCUGGGGUCCUUGAUACAUAAAGGACCCCUCUCCCUCCCCACCUCCACUUGUUUGGUGGUCUCCAAAUGAAGCAGUCAAUAAAGACUGAGUUGG